GGCAUUUUCUCUUGGAGCAAUACUCUGCAUAUCCUGAGAAGCACUUUGCCUGCCUGUAACCACUUUUGAUUCUUUCACGCGUAAAGCACUGUCCAGUAAGGCCUGCAGCCUGAGGGGUGAUUCAUGCAAUGAUAUCUUGGGACAGUGUUUCUGAGGCUUGCCAGUGGAAAUAGAAAGAUGGUGGAGAAAACUACAAGCAAGGUACUCAGUGCUGAGGCCAAUGCAAUGAUUAGUGAUUCUAUGGCUACAAUCACUUUGUAGUAGAUACAUAAAAGUGUUGCUAGUACAUCACAUAAAAGUAUUGUGCCAAAGGUAUACAGGUAAUGAGUCGAGUGAAUAAAGCACUUUGCAGUAGAAGCCUAGCUAAUGUUUGGCUUGUGCAUAUUUAAAAAAACCUUCAACCAGAUGGAGUCAUCACAAGUCUCCACAUGCCCUUAUGCUUCUGAAAUAUGAUGCUGCCAGCUACAAUGUGCUUGUUUUUCAAGCCUCUUUAACAUCCUGCUCUUGCUGCUAAUUAUGUUUGGAAUGCAGUGCCUUAAAAAAUACAUUUUCGCUUAAAGUUUUUUUAUGAUGCAAGUUCCAGAACACAAAACAAUCCAAUAGGAUAACAGUAUACUUCCCAAAAAAGUGCAGCAGUUUUCAAACCGUGUUUUAGAGGAAUCUUAGCAUUCCUUUUGUUUCUCUGACAAUAUACACAACUUACAUUUAAAGCGCAUACCCCCUGGCAAAGAGUCAUGGCAACUAGUUCAUUCCUCACAGAGCUAUGAUUCCCAGCACCCUGGGAAUUUGGAAGGGCUGUAGAUCAGUUGUAGUGUAUCUGCUUUGCAUGCAGAAGGUCCCAGAUUCAAUCCUCAGCAUCUCCAGGUGGGGUAGGAGAGACUCCUGCCUGAAACCCUGGAGAGCUGCUGCCAGUCAGUGUAGAUAAUAUUGAGCUAGAUGGAUCAAUGGUUAGGUCAGCGGGAGGCAGCUUCCUACAUAUCCUUAACAAGUUUCCAGGUUUCUUUGAAAAUGUGCUUUAAAUGUAUGGUGUGUAUAUGCACCAUACAUAUAAGGAAGCUUAGGAUUGGUUAUAGCUUCAAUUUCUUUAAAUACUUGUUUCUGCUCUUAUUUCAGUCUACCAAAGUGAGUGGCAAAAGCACGUCCAGUUCUGAACUUCAGAUGGCAGCACAACCUAUGGUACUUUUGUUUUUUCAGUUUUAUCUGGGGUGCAUUUUUCUACACUGGAUGCCAUGCCUGUACAUGUGUUUGCCCUUUUUACAAGACUGGUGCUGCUUUAUGGAGGAAUUUAAGCCAAGCUGCAGCAGAGCUGUGCAUUCGACCCACGGAGAGAACUUUGCUCCGCAUUCCUGGGACUGACCUUGUUCCCUGCAGAUACAGUAAUCAGUGGCUGACUGUACUUUGCUGUCUGCAGCUCAGGGUUGCUGAUGAACUCCAAGCGUGCUAGUCUGCUAGCCCAUUGCCCUUAGUAAGUAUGUGUUCCUUUCACAGCUCUUCCUCCCCGCCCCACCGCUAGCUGUUCAGCACAGCUUCAUCAGUGUCAGAUUCAAUUCUGUUUGUGUACACACCAGGGGGCUUUCAGGGAUGUCUACCCUGUGCAAAAUGAACCUUGGCUAGUAAUGAAUUAGCAAUGGCUAACCCAAUUGGUAUGAGCGGGUUUUCACAGGGAAAGCUCUGGGCAAAGGAGAGCGCUCAGAACUUUAAGGCAUGGAACUCAGUUGGUUAGUGUGUGGUGCUAAGAACUCCAAGGUUGCAGGUUCGAUCCCUGUAAGGGACAUUUGCAUAGUCCUGCAAUACAGGAGGUUGGACUAGGAUGAUCCUAGGGUCCCUUCAAACUAUGAUAUAUGACACGUGCCUGUAAAGAGCAGGGCAAAAAGUAAGUGUGGAUAAGCCCUUUGUCUAGUCUUUAAUGUGCAUUAAUUCUAAUUUGUUUAUGGGGCAGUUCUAUCAGCAUUCUUCUUGAAUUGCUUGCAGGUUGUUUACAUGUCUUCCCAUUCGUCAUUCAUUCCACAUCUUUCAGUGUAUGCCCCUGUCACUCUUCAAACUGCAAUAAGUUAUUAAAAGAAAAAUGUGGAUUUGUUGCACUAGGGGAAGAGAAUUGUUUAAAUGCAUAAACCCCAGGUUCCAGUUUGUGCUGGAAUCACUCACAUAAAAUACUGACCAUCUGGAAGAACCCUAGGUCUCGUGUUCGUCAUUUCCAGUAAUGUUCCAAUUCUGCCUGGUGUUUCCAUUUAACAUUGUUGCUUUAAAGUAGCAAAUACCCCAAGUUAAAAAGUUCUCCAAACAGUUUGUGGUAAGUGCUGAAAGACCGUCCUUGAAUGCUUAACAGGCAGGCCUGUCCCAUGCUUGUUCCCACUAUAUUCUGCUCAGUGUUCCAAAUAACUAUUGUGAUUAAUAGUUAUCAACAGCCCUUGGGGUCAUAGAAGCAUAGAGUUGGAAGGGACCCUGAGGAUCAUGUAGUCCAACCCCUGCAAUGCAGGAAUAUGCAACUGUCCCAUAUCUGCCAUCCAUCAAUUGGUCUAAUCCUUAAUUAUUACUUUUUAAUGUCCCCUCAAAGCUAUUGACUAUCACAACUUUGCAAAGGAGUGUUUUCCUCUAUUGGUUCUGAAUCUACUGCCAGUUAAUUGCACUAGGUGAAUCCGAGCUCUAUUACUGGGGGCCUCAGUACAUGUCUGGACUCCAGUCAGAAUGGGAUUCUCAACUAAGAAGCUCAUAAUUGUGGAAAGAGGGGAAAUGGAGUGUCCCCCAGUGCAGCACAAAACACUGAAGUCAAAAGCCUGCUAAGGAAAACAUGGAUCUUUUCCUCAUGGGACAGCAAGUAUUUUACAUGUGCGUUGUGCGAUGCCACCAAUCAGCUUUCUUGCUAACACUCUUGUUGAAUUCUCAAAGCUUUAUUUGUUGUUGCACAUUUUGGCCAAUAGGAAUAACGUAGCAUUGAUGAAAAUCACAUUUUGCUUAAGGUAAUUUAUGCUGUUGACGGCAAAGCAUGAUCUUCCAAGUACUGCUUUUCCAAGUAGAUAUGGCCUCUGCGUAUGUGUGUCUUCUUCUUAAGGGAAGAUGGCAGCCAGCAGUGCUCCACCAGCUGUCACUGCAGCUGUGGUAGCAGUGGACAGCCCAGCAGCACCUAGAAGAUGAUCAAGACACACAGUUAUUGUGAUGAAGAUCUCAAGGUGCGGAGACUGGCUCUGCCAAUCAUGUGGUUCUUGUCCUGAGAGCAGCAGACAUACCGACUGACUGAAGCGCAGCAACAGCGCUCCCAGCUGCUACUCCUCCACCAUUGGCGAUGGCUGCUGCCGACAUCAUUUUUGCAGCCAGAGAGCCAGCUGCAAUUCCAGCUCCAGUGAAGCCUGCUGCUCCCAGUGCUACUGGUACAGCAAUCGUGGCCACUGCUGCAAGAACACAGAAUAAGUUAUGUUACAUGAUAGAAGUAGGGGAACUGACUACGAUAAAUCAUCAUCAUCAUCAAACCUUUUAUUGGCAUCACAUACAAACAUCCAAAACAAAUCAAUACAGAAUUACCACUUCCCCAGUGGCACAAAACAUUUGCUAAAAGAAAGGAGGCAGAGCAGACUGUCAUCACAUCUCUAGGUCUCCAGGGAGAUCUGACAUCUGCAGUGUAUUUCAAUGGCAAAAAACCAAAUAGCUAUAUUUAGCCACUAACUUGGUGAGCUCCUGAUCAUUCCCCAGUAAAUGAAAAUGUAUGACCUCCAACUCUGGUUUCCAUUUGGGGAUACAGAGAUGAAAGUUGAAAAUAAAGAGGGAAACAUGUUUUCUCUGCUGCUGCUGUUAGUUCUUGUCGUUCAGUAUCCCACAACCUAGUUUUUAAUAUAGCCUUGGCAGAUGGUAGGGACAUCGAUCGCAAAAGUUCCACUGACAGCCUGAGUUGCAGUACCUUCUUGUUAAACUGUUGUAGCUCUGGGGAAAGAAAGGGAUCUAACAAAACAUCGCUGAGGAGAGGAUCUUUAUCUGAUGUAAGGCAGAUGUUUAACCAGGAUAGAAGAAAUCUCGCCCAGGCGACAGCCUCUACCUUGUGUUGACCUCCCUCUAGACACAAGGCUCCAUAGGGUGCACAGCGUGGGACUACUACGAUAUGUAGAUAUUUGCUUAAUGCAGAAAGGGCAUCCAAAGUUUGUUAAAUUUAAUGCUGUUGGCUAUCCCUUCAGUUAUUCUGUUUUGAUAUGCCAGAUGUUCUGUCAAAGCCAUUUCACAGAUCUCAUCAAGCCAGACUUUCAUUGUGAACUCCACCAUUUCCAAUGACUUGCAAGCUUCAUUCAUGCUGCUGCAAGCAAAAUAAUCACCAAAAUUUGCCCAACUGGAAAUCCAGAUUACUUACCCAAGCCGGCUGCACCUCCCAAAGCUGCAAUUACUGAAAGAGAGACUUGUUUUAAUAAGAUAUAAUGGAUCUCAAGUACAUAUACAGUCAUACCUCGGAUUACGAACGCUGCAGGUUGCGCGUUUUCGGGUUGCAGACCGCGCAGAACCCAGAAGUACCGGAACAGGUUACUUCCGGGUUUUGGCACUCAUGCAUGCGCAGAAGCACAAAAUGACAUCACGCGCAUGUGCAGAAGCUCUGGAUUGCAUCAUGCGCGUGCGCAGACGCGGCACUUCAGGCUAUGAACACUGCGGGUUGCGAACGUGCCUCCCGCACGGAUCACGUUCGCAACUGGAGGUAUGACUGUAAAAUGCAAAAAAGCAUCAGGUGAGCUACAACUAUGAUGGGCAUAUUUGUCAGUUUCAUUUACUUUCUGUUCCUCAUGUUUUCCAAUCUCAGGUUCCGUUCACAUUUCCAUAUCAGCUUGAUUUAAAAACAAACGCAC